AUGACUACUUUAAUUUCUGCUGAAAUCCUACAACAUACCAACCUCGAGAGAGUUUCAGGGUAAGAUCAUAAUUACUUGAGUUAUCAUCUAAGAAAUAGCCAAUCUCAUCAGUUGUAAGAGAAUUCAGGCCAAGAUAUUCAGAUCAAUGACUCUUUUCCAGAAUACUCACCUAACAGUGUUGAAGUUCUUGAAGCUCCUCCUCUAGAUAUUUAAAAUGAUUUUCAAUUGCCUAUUCAAAACACAUCUAACUAAACUGAUUAUGAUCAAUGUGAUAAUUAUCUUCAAAAAUAAGGCUAAUCUCUUCAACUAAUUGACCCUUUUAUAUAGCCCAUUAGCGGAUUUGUCCAAUAGUAGCAAUAUUAAAAUUUAGAAUAAACUCAACCUAAACUCACCUAUGAUUUAAAUUAGAUUCAAGAUAUUUUGCUUAAGAAUCCAGAAUUUCUUAGUAAAAUUAUGCUCCAAUGCUAGGCUAAGGAAGAAUCUACCAUGCUGAGAGUGGAACAGCCUAUGUCAUUUAUGAGUUUUAAUAUAGAUUCCUAGAAAUACUUCCAUGAACAAUCUAGUCUUCACAAUAUGAAAGAUGUAAGAUCAACAAUGUCUUCUUAGAUUAGCUCUUAAAAAACUGACGAAACAUAGUAUGUCUUCGACCCUAAUAAAUUGAUCUAUAAGAGUGAUAUUCCAGAGGAAGAAUAGUUGACUAACUUCCAUGAACAAAUGAGACAUAGCAAACUUGAUAAAUAUGCAGCAAAAUAUGAUUUGUGCAGUCUUCAUCCUAAAAUGAAGAAGAAUCAUUUGUGUUCAGAGACUCAAGAACAUCUUUGUGAUACAUGUAUCAUUACUGACGUCCAUAAAGAUCAUACAACUGCUCCACUAUCAAAGAUUGCACUUGAGAUUCAUAAAUAAUUUAACUCUCACUUCUCAUAAUUUGAGGGGUCUUUGAAUGCUAUUGAGAGAAUUGAUGCCAAGAAUUGGAAAGUUAAAUUGAGAUAGAACUAUCUACGAUUAUUUGAUGAUUUGUAUGGAUCAUUAGAUAAAAUAAAAAAUCAGAAACUAAGAGAGAUUAAUAAUAUAUUUGCAUAGAUAGAUGUAAAAGAUGUGAACUAAAAACUUAAUGAAAUGCAAGUUUCUCAUGAUGUGGCAUUAAACUACUCAAGUCUUGUAAAUGGAAUGUUUGAUUAGAAUUAGUAUAGCGCUAUAACCAAAAGAUAAGACCAAUUCAAUCUUCUAGGCUAAUCUUUGAACUAAUUGACUGUUGAUUGCAAUGGACUUUUGGAUCUAGCAUAGAACAAAAGAAGAAAACUUGAUAAUAUGCAAGAAUAGAUCUAAAAGUUAGUGAGCAAUAUCAAAUAUGAAACUGAGUCAAAAUUGCAAGUAAUUGUGGAUGAGUAGAUAAGUAUUGAGAGUGAGAUUGAUCUUGAGAAGCUUGAGCAAUAGAAUAUUAAGGAAAGUUUAGAGGCUAAAAAGAAGAGAGAAGCUAGAAAUGGAUUUUACUAUUUCCUUAAAGAGUAAUCUCCCAAGAUUUCCUAAGCUAUGCCCCAAAUGAAACAGAUUGAAAUUAUUGCUUAUCUCCAUAGUAAAUGGUAAUCUCUGAAUGAGGAGCAAAAACUCACAUAUGAAAUGCUUUCAAAUGAACACGAGAAAGUACUAGAGAAUGCUACAAAAAAAACUAGAUGCUAAAGCAUAGUAGUUGAUAAUGUUGAAAUGAAGGAUGAGAGUGAAAAACCCUGCAAAAAUAAGAGAAAAUCCUCAAAGACAGAUAGUGAUGCAGAAGAACUAGUAAGUAAUGUGAAAUCAGCUUAAAUAUUUGCAGCCAAAGCAGAUGAAGUAGAGAAAAAUAAGAGUAUUCUUAGAAAGAGGAAGCUGGAAGACAGAGUUGCCUCUGAAAUUGAAUUAAACACCUAUACAAAUGAAGGUUCUAAUGAUGAGGACUAGUUUUGUGAUGAGGUGAAUUAGACUAGCAAGGAUGAAAGAGAAAAUAAAGUAUCUUCAAAUGAGAAAAGAGGAAGACAUAAAAAGAUUAGUGCAUAAGAAGAAAAGAAAAAAAGAGUAGCUCAAAAGUAGCAAUUAACAACAAGAGGUGGAAAAUCAAGUAGCAAAAAUUGA